UUCAUUUUGAAUUGGGGGAGGGGCCGGCAAAAAGUCAAAAAUCAAAAUGACGUGUUAGGACUUGUAUAAUUCAAGAUGUCCUCUCUGAGGAGAAAAGUUAAAUGAGUUUGAACAACUAACUAGCUAGUAUUUAUGCUAUGUGUGUUUAAUCUGAUGUUGAUCAUAAUUAAUGUAAGGAAGCGAGGAAACUGAUAUCAGAUGGAGGGUCUGAUCCCAAUGGUUUUUAAGGCAAUCAAGAAGAAGAGAAUUCGGCGGCAAUAUACAAGUCUAUCAUCUCCAUCAUCAUCUGAGUUAGCUGCUCUUAAAACUCAUCAUCAUACCUCCCACAACUUGUCGUCGUCGGAUUUCUACCGUGAAACGACCACAGUACAAAACAUUGGCGGCCACCGACGACACAAGUCGCUGAGCAGUGAUUUUGCGUUUGGAGUAGUGUCAUCAAAAGCAGAUCAUCAUCGAUAUCAUGAUGGGGAUCAUAUGAAUCAUGCUUGGCCUCCUUCUCCUCCUCCGAGGCAACUUGUACGCUUCAGAAGCCAUAGAAUGUUCUCUUGUAUGGGUGCAGCUGCCUAAAAUAAUAAACCAUCUUCUCUGCUUCUUCUCUCUUUAUAAAAUAUCCAUUCAAAGAGAGAAAACAAAUCAUGAAUCUGUGCUUGAAUUCCUAAUUAAUAUCUGUUUGUUAUGUGUUUUUCUUUUUA